AUGUCCAGACCCAUCACUGAUCCUGUGUACAGCUCAUCCACAUCUGCUGGCGCUGGAGAGAGGACGCCGCACUCGGUGACGGACAGCGCGCUGGCCGGUGGCACAGAGAGCUCUGCUUCUUACGCCGAAACCGCCAGCUCUCCAGGGCCAGCUCAGACGGUGUCGGUGGAGCAGAGCAGGACGGCCAACACCUCCACCAGCAGCGGGGACUUCAUGGACUUUGCGACGGAAACACUCUUCACACGUUCUUCCAAGAUACCCACUUACUCUUCUUUCCAAAACGAUCUCACAAGAUUUUCAAGUAGCCAUCAGCCAGUCAGUAGCAUCGAUGCUGAGAAAAGGACCUCGGUUUCUCAUACAGACGGCACAUACAUUUCAACCACAUAUACCAGAGGAGGAGAAAGGACCCUCCUGUCUAUCUCAAAUAGCAGCACCUCUGCUGACUCCUCAGAAAGUUCCACCUUUUUCUCUGAAAUUUCCAACCCUUCUGAUUCAUCAAAAUCUUCUGUGGCACAGGACAGGAGGAGCAAUGUAUCCAGUGACAGUGGUUUUGUUGAACCAUCUACAGAGCCAUUGCUGGUACACUCUUCCAAACUGUUGACUUCUGCUUCUGCAAGCAGCGUACAAAAUACAACUCUCUUCAACACUGACUCUGAGUUGUUGACCACUGGCAGAUCAUCUAUAUCUUCGUCACUGGCGUCUGCUCCCCAGGCCCUUGCUCACGCAGUGGGAGCUCCAUUACAAGCCGUGGCACAGGCAGAUGUGGAUAAAUGUCUUUCCAACCCUUGUCCUGCACUGGCCACCUGCAACAACACCCGUGGCUCCUAUAUCUGUCAGUGUCCUCUUGGAUAUGAGCUGGAAAAAGGAAAGUGCAAUUUAGUAAGAAUAUUUAUCGGCCAAGUCCCCCUGAAACUUAAUAUUACCCAUGGGAAGUACGCAGAGCUCCUCCACGUCGAGGGUGAAAUCCUGGCGAUGCUCGAUGCGUCGCUGUCGGGCUUGCCGGGGUACCACCACUCCACAGUUAAGGCGACCAGGGAGGCAAAUUUUGUGCAUGUUUCAGUGCAAUCCACGUUCUCUUUAGCAUCCAACGUGACUUUCUAUGACGUUGUCAGCAGCGUGAAAAGCUACAUUCGAGCUUGCAAAUCCCCCACCGAAGCCUGCCAGUUCAUCUCCGGCCUGAAAAUGCUCCACAGAGUUGGCAGCUUGUGCAAGCAGAAAGACCCGGAAUGUGACAAGGAAACUUCUGAAUGCACCGACUUUGAUGGAGUCGCGCUCUGCCAGUGCAAAAGUGGAUACUUCAAAUACAACAAGAUGGACCACUCCUGCAGAGCCUGCGAAGAUGGAUACAAGCUGGAAAAUGAGACCUGUGUGAGCUGCCCAUUUGGCUUAGGUGGAUUCAACUGUGGAAACCCGUAUCAGCUCAUCACCGUGGUGAUCGCGGCUGCAGGAGGAGGACUUCUGCUCAUCAUGGGCAUAGCACUGAUUGUCACCUGCUGCCGGAAGAAUAAAAAUGACAUAAGUAAACUCAUUUUCAAGAGUGGGGAUUUCCAGAUGUCACCGUAUGCUGAAUAUCCGAAGAACCCCCGGGCACAGGAGUGGGGCAGAGAGACCAUCGAGAUGCAGGAGAAUGGAAGCACCAAGAACCUGUUGCAGAUGACAGAUGUGUAUUAUUCGCCAACUGGACUGAGAAACCCUGAACUGGAAAGAAACGGACUUUAUCCUCCCUACACUGGUUUGCCUGGAUCUCGACAUUCAUGCAUCUACCCUGGACAAUACAAUCCAUCCUUCAUUAGUGACGAAACCAGAAGAAGAGACUAUUUUUAG